AUGGCAAGUGGCGUCCCAGUCGACGUGAGGGCUACCGAUGAUAAUUCGGGCGACUCCAACAGUGAACCGGAAUUGCACACCCGGCUUGAGGUUGUCUUCGACCAAGAUGCUGGACAUGUUCGUAAAUCCUCCAUAGUCUCUGCCGAUACUCCCAGGCUUUCACGUCGCCAUGCAGACCAGCGGAGCGAUUCUGCGUGUUUCGUCCACGCCCUGCUCAGCCAACCACAGGCGCGCCGACUCGGUCGAGUUAGCGAAACCAACGAAACGAAAGACUCGUCAAAAUUGCCUUCUUCACAGUUGGAUGAUUCCCUACCUCCUCGCAUAACACAAUCCCGCCUCUUGACCAAAAGGCAACUUUCAGACAUGGCGUGGAAUGUUCGGGCACUAUCUAAAAAGCUUGGGAGCGUUAAAAUGAAGCUAGAUGUCAAGACUGUGUUCAUCCUUACGAAACCACAAGAGCAAUGCCUUGUGCUUCUGACGAGAAGAGUCGCCCGGUGGCUUUUAUCAAAGGACCGGGACCAGCCAUACACAAUUUAUGUCGAGAAGAGACUAGAAGAUGAGAAAGAAUUUGACGCUGCGGGGCUGUAUGAGGAGGAGCCAUCUGCGAAAGGAAGAUUAAAAUUUUGGGAUCUAGAUCUUGUGAAGAAGAAGCCACAAACGUUUGAUUUUAUAGUCACGUUAGGAGGUGAUGGCACGGUUUUAUAUGGAAGCUGGCUCUUCCAGCAGGUGGUUCCCCCGGUCCUGUCCUUUGCGCUUGGCUCGCUAGGGUUUCUCACCAACUUUGACUUUGAACACUAUCAAUCGACGCUUGAGACGGCCUUUCGCGAUGGUGUCACAGUAAGCCUCAGGUCGAGGUUCGAAUGCACUAUCAUGCGGAGCAGGCCGCGACCCAAUCAGGAAGGACAGAGGGAUUUAGUGGAAGAGUUAAUUGGAGAAGAAUCGGAUGAUGAUACAACACAUCGCCCCGACACAAUGUUCCAAAUAUUGAACGAUGUUGUCAUUGAUCGAGGACCAAAUCCCACAAUGUCAUCAAUCGAAAUAUUUGGUGAUGAUGAACAUUUUACUUCCGUACAAGCGGACGGUGUAUGCGUUGCGACCCCGACGGGUUCAACAGCAUACAACCUUGCUGCUGGUGGCUCACUGUCGCAUCCUGAAAACCCCGUUAUCCUUCUUACCGCCAUAUGUGCGCAUACUCUAAAUUUCCGGCCCAUUAUAUUACCCGAUACCAUCGUCCUCAGAGUGGGAGUGCCCUACAACGCAAGAGCUAGCUCGUGGGCUGGCUUCGAUGGGCGCGAACGAAUGGAAUUAUGUCCCGGGGACUACGUCACAAUUUCGGCUUCAAGAUACCCCUUUGCCUGCGUUACUCCGUCCGCAGCCCGCAGUCAUGACUGGAUACAGAGCAUCUCAAGGACGCUGAAUUGGAAUUCGCGGCAAAAGCAAAAAGGUUAUGAUCUAACUAAGGGCUGCGAUGGUGACAAAGGAAAGUUGUGA